CGUAGUUUCGACGUCGUUUUGUGCUUUCCAGAUUUCAAGGAACGACUGACUGACAUACCUUGCUUUCUCCGACCUACUUCGAUUCGUAGGGGUUAGUUGUGAGAGUGGAUAGAGGCAUAGAAGCUGACAGGGAUCAAGAAACCUAUCGCGCAUGUCGAGCUUGAACUAGGAAAGAUACACCAGGCCGGAGACAAGAACUGGACAGGAGAGCCAGCUCCGGCAUACUCUGGCUGAAAGAUGGUCGUUGUUCGGCAACUAAGACUGCUGAUAUGGAAGAACUGGUUGCUACAAAUCCGCCGGCCUAUCGGAUCUGUGGCCGAAUUUCUUCUUCCCAUCUUGCUCAUCGCUGCCUUAGCUGGAUUGAGGACGGUUUCGAAGCCAGAACAUAAAUGUUUCGAGACAUGUAAGGAUGCCAACCUGGUAGUCAGCUCGACCAGCAUCUUGCAAAAUGCACAACCCACCAGUGCCUCGACUCAAGGACCACGGUACAAUACCAUCCUCUACUACCCCAGCAACCCAGUCACUACGCGAAUCAUGGAAACCGCUCGGUGUCUGUCGUCAUCCAGUGGCGAUUCACUCCCAUUUGCCAUCAAGCCAGUCAACAGCAAGGCAGCAAUGGAUGUGGACGUGUUGGAUGCGACGCAAUCCAACCUGGGAGGUGUUGUGUUUGAAGAUAUGACGGACGAUGCCAGCACAAAGCUGCCUCCGAAGCUCUCCUACACGCUGCGCUUACGCACGGACAGCAGUAGACGCACGGCUGGCACCUCCAAAGUGGCCACCUGGCUCACUGCCCUGCGAGUGCCUGCGUUCUCCGAUGCGGGCAUUAUCGAGCAAGUCAACCAUGAUGGACUGACCCAGCCCCUGAUGUACGUAAUUGACCAAGCCUUCACCCGCAUUCAGGUGGAACAUGCUGAGGCUGCUACAGGAGACCCGGUCAGCCUCUGCACCGAAGCCUCAAGCUGUCGCGGCGUCCGUGUGACAGCAGUGGACGGCACUCCCCUGAACGGGACCAACAUCACCUGCGCCAUUCGGCACUCUUCUGCGCCUGGUGACACCAGAACACCAUGCUGUGAGCUAGAUCUAGACGAUCCGAACAAACAGAAAUGUAACUGCAAAAGGGAAAUUUCUGAUUUCAAUACGCCUAGCAAUGUCAGCUGUGAAUGUGCGCUACUCAGCUCUGUGCCCAGGUGUUCAUGCAACGAUACCCUGGGUGUUGCGGGCCUAUUUAGCUUUUAUCAGGCAUCCUGCGGCGAUCAGGCUCAGGGCUUCACGGUCGGCUUCAAUCGCCUGUGCUGCGGACUGUGCGCAUCCACUGUCAGGUCCAACACUAACGGCUCGGUGGGCUUAAUCGCUAACUCAACCUAUGUACCUAUUCUCACCCGGCACAUGCCAACCAAGGAGUUCACAGAGGAAAGCUUCAUCCCAAUCAUCUCCACUGUCUUCCCUAUCAUCACUGUGCUGAUCUUCAGUUACACCGUGUAUUCCGUCACACAGGAGCUGAUCAAAGAGAAGCAGUCCAGACUGAAGGAAUCUCUGCGCAUGAUGGGAUGCCGUAACUGGGUCAUCUGGCUGUCCUGGUUUCUAAAGUACUUCGUUCAGUUCAUCCUGAUUUCUCUCUUUAUCACACUAAUCCUCAAGUUCGGCAAGAUUACUCCGGACGCUGACUUUCUGGUCAUAUACAUUCUCUUCCUUCUCUACUGCCAUGCAAUGCUGGUGAGCUGCUCGUUUUGGAGCACACUCUUCUCCAACCCCACUGUUGGUGCUCUGGUGGCCACCGUCAUGUUCCUCGUCAGCGUUGUCCCAGCAUUUAUCUUUAGCGGAAGCACCACCGUUGAUCCUCAAAUCAAGAACGGCUUUUGUGCACCAUUCUUCCUGAACACGUGCCUGACGUACUCGGUGGUGUUGAUAUUACAACAAGGCAGCCGCGGUGUCACCGUGUCCUUUAGCAAUCUCUCGGAUGGCCUGGACCAGUUCAACACGUUCAAUCUGCAGAGCGCCUAUCUGCUCAUCCUAGCGCAGAUCGCCUUCUUUUGGGUUAUGACUUGGUACAUCGAAGCGGUGUUCCCCGGCGAAUACGGUGUGCCGAAGAAGUUCUACUUCUUCUUGCAGCCGUCUUACUGGUUUGGCUUCCCUGAUGGCGAAAGCGACGACUACCACGAGAAGGAGCUGCUGAAAGGCAAUGACCAAUCUGCCGAUUCCAGUGCUUUUGAACCGGAGCCAACUGGUGUCAAGUUUGGCAUCCGCAUUGACAACUUGCAGAAGGUGUUCCGAGGUUUGCAAGGCACAAAGGUGGCAGUGGACGGCCUGACCCUGAACAUGGUGGAGGGCCAGAUCACGUCGUUGCUGGGCCACAACGGUGCGGGCAAGACAACGACCAUGUCGAUGCUGACCGGUUUGUACAACCCAACAGGGGGCAAUGCCUACAUCAACGGCAAGUCUAUCCUCACCGAGAUGGAUCAGAUCCGUGGCGACCUGGGUCUGUGCCCGCAGCACAAUGUCCUCUGGGAUAAGCUGACAGUGAACGAACAUCUUGUCUUGUUUGCCUCACUCAAGGGCCUGUCUGGCUCACUGCUGAAUAUGGCUGUAGCUGACAUGUUGGAUGACCUGAAACUACGCGACAAGACCACUUGGAAAUCCAUGCAGCUUUCUGGAGGCAUGAAAAGAAAAUUAAGUGUGGGCAUUGCGCUGGUCGGAGGCUCCAAGGUGGUGAUCUUCGAUGAACCAACGGCCGGUAUGGACCCGUACGCACGUCGUGCAACGUGGGACUUGCUCAUCAAGCACAAGAAGGACCGCACCAUUCUGCUUACCACUCAUUACAUGGACGAAGCUGAUUUGUUGGGCGAUCGUAUUGCCAUCAUGGCCGAUGGCCAGUGCAAAUGCGUCGGCUCCUCACUUUUCCUCAAGUCAAGGUACGGUGUUGGUUACCAUUUGACCGUAGCCAAGGGGAGCCAGUGUGACGAGAAUCGCGUGGCCAGCUUCAUCGUGAAGUCCAUACCCAAUGGACGCAUGGUGUCGAGCGUCGGCGCUGAAAUGGCCUUCAUCCUGCCCUCGGAGGCAACCGGCUCUUUUCCACAGCUCUUCGAAGAUAUGGAGGUGCAAAAGGAACAGCUAGGAAUCGACAACUUUGGAUUGUCUGUCACCACAAUGGAGGAGGUGUUCAUUCGUGUUGGUCAGCUGGCAGAGGAAGAGAAGGAGAAAGAACGUCUUGAUGCCGAGAAAGGGGACGAUGCCCACGCCAAUGGGCUCAUUGAAAAGGACAAGGCAAGGAAAUUAAACGACUAUGAACUGCUGACAGGCCCCGCACUAUGGUUUCAGCGCCUGUACGCCCUGCUCAUCAAGCGGCUGACCGUCGUGCACCGCAGCUAUUUCGUCAUCACCAUUCAGCUGUUUGUGCCUCUUCUGGCGCUGAUCGGAGGUCUGUCACUAUUGACUACCACGUCAUCGUCCGGUAGUGGUGAGCCUGCCAUUCAGUUUGGCGUACCUUACUUUAAGGGCAGUGCAGCUAAUCUGAUUACGUUGCGCACGGCCGACUUCAGACGCAGCAACGAGCGAGACUUGAACCUACCGACGGCUGUGCAGUCCGUAGCCAGAGCCCAAGGUAUUGAACACUCUGACUUGACGGCGGCGGUGGAUGCAACGCGCUCCCUCCAUAACAAGACAGUGUCCUGCUGCGCGCAGAGUUACCUGGUUUUGAACGAGGAGUGCAUGCGCCUGAUCCAGCAGAAUCCCUCUAUGUGUGGAGGCGAUCCUCUGUAUGCAUUCAACCGGUGUCCUACAUGUGUCUUCUUAAACACUGAAAUGCCCCUGAAGAGUCCGAAUACACAGCUGAACUUUCUGCCUAGGUCCGACGGUGCGGCAUUCGGAACCUGUGGGCGAGGAGCGACAGCGUGUCCCGCCUCGCCAUUAGAUUUGCAGUCCUCCUUCACUGGUUACUUGCAGCAGUACUUCCUGGAGACGGGAUCGCUGUCGCGCAGUGUCCAGGACUCACUACCAGCCACCUUCAGCUUCCAUACCAUGGUGGCAGAUGAAAGCGAAGCCUACAGUCACUACAACCUCUAUCAGCGCGACCCGCCCGUCAGCUGCUUGGGCACGACAAGCAGCGGUGUGCGGCAAGGCACUGGGGACACCUUGUAUAGUACACGUGCCAACAGCACGUAUUGCGCGACACUGUCCGAGCAAGCCAUGGAAAAUCCCUUCUAUGUGCGCUUAUGGUCAUGGGGACAGGACUAUCACAGCGGCCCGUCAGCUCUGAACACAUUCAGCAAUGUGUGGCUAGAGGCUGUGUUGCGCAGCAGAGUGCGAUCCUCUCAAUCCUGGACAGUGGGAACGUACGGCAUCAAAGCGGCAUUGUUGCCAAUCGUUCCAGCGAGUGACGAGGCAACACAGCUCGCUGGAAAUUCAGCAACGCUGACGUUCGGCCUGGUCUUUGGCAUUGGACUGUCGUUCAUGCUGGCUAGCUUCGUUAUCUUCCCACUGACUGAGAAGAAGAACAAGGCCAAGCACAUUCAGUUUGUCAGCGGCGUAGGGCCCGUAUCCUACUGGCUGGCCAACUACAUCGCUGACGUCAUCACCUAUGUGGUGGUGUGGUCACUGCUGGCCAUUGUAGUAGCUGUGUAUGGUACUAGCUAUGCCACUAUCAAGGCUGUCCUUAACGAUACUAUUUACGUACUGUUCUUCGGCGGCUUGUCUUCCAUUUCCUUCGCCUACUUUGCGGCGCUGUUCUUCAAGAGCCCCGUUCUCUCCUUCGCUGCUAUUGGAAUUAUGCUGUUCAUUCUCACCCUGGCUGGUACCAUUGCAUCGUACGUGCUGGAGGCCCUGAGGAUGUUUGAGACUGCCAGUAUUGUUCGUAUUGCCUGCAGUGUACUGCCACCAUUUGCGAUGUCUAACGGUGUUGGCAAUCUCUACCUGAAUGAAGAGCUGGGCGCGGUCUGCAGACGACAAGUCAAUGCAUCCGCUCCCAUAGAGUUGUUGAAUAACUGUUACAAUGUAACGAACUACACUGACACGCCGUUUGGCACUGAGCACAAAGGAAUUGGCUACAAUCUCUUGUUCAGCUAUGCACUUGCCGGUGGCCUGCUCCUGCUUGUUAUGAUUGUAGAGCAAGGGUGGAUGGGCCGAUUGUUUGGUGUCUGCUUUUCCCCACGGAAACCAGCUCAGACCACGAAGAAUGAGGAUAAUGAUGUUGCGGAGGAACGGCGUAAAGUACAGUCGCUGGACCCCAAGAGAGAGAAACUGGCGCUGGUGGCAAAGAAUCUCACCAAGAGUUACCGUGGGAAGCUUGUCCGUCCGUCAUCCGAUCACAUCUGCCUCUCAGUGCCACAAGGAGAGUGCUUUGGCCUGUUGGGUGUGAAUGGUGCUGGUAAGACCACGACGUUCAACAUGUUGACAGGUGAAGUAGCACCAUCGUCAGGCGAUGCUUACAUUCUAGGCCAUAGCAUCCGCUCACAGCUUUCUCAAGUCCAGCAACGUGUUGGCUACUGCCCACAGUUUGAUGCCCUUAUUGAGAAGAUGAACUCAUACGAGUUGCUCACUAUGUUUGCCCGCCUUCGCGGCAUUCCGCCGAACAAGAUCCAGUCGGUGGUCGACAACCUCAUUGAAGAGCUUGACUUGAAGAAGUGGGCGUCACGUCUCUGCGGCACAUACAGCGGUGGCAACAAGAGAAAGCUAAGUACUGCAAUUGCUCUGGUUGGCAACCCACCUCUAAUCUUCCUGGACGAACCGACAGCUGGAAUGGACCCAGCCGCACGGCGUUUCCUGUGGGAUUUCUUGACGAAAAUCCUCAAUUCCGGCCGCAGCAUUGUCAUGACCUCGCACAGCAUGGAGGAAUGUGAAGCACUGUGCACUCGCCUGGCCAUCAUGGUCAACGGACAGUUCAAGUGUCUCGGCAGCCUGCAGCAUAUCAAGACAAAGUUUGGCCAAGGUUUCAACUUGAUGGCUAAAGUACAGCCACCGGAGGAUGGAAGUGAGAAAGAACCGGACACAGGGCCACUGAAACGACUCAUGAAAGCCAAUUUCCCCAACCAUGAGAUUGAGGACGAGCACUUCGGUCAAGUUCAGUUUCGCAUCAACCAAAACACGGAUGGUGUCCCUAUCACCUGGUCAUCGAUAUUCCGCAUCAUGGAAGACAAUAGAGGAGUGUUGAACAUCAUUGAUUACAGUCUUAGCCAGACUACGUUGGAGCAGGUGUUCUUGAAGUUCGCAAAGAAGCAGACAGCCCAGGACUCCUAGUGGCUCCAAUAUGGCUAAUCACGUGCCACACUUUGCAUCGCACCAAGAGUAGAUAAACAAGAGUGUGUACCUCCGCAUCACUUCUGCACAAUAUGCAGAUACCCCAGCCCACGGCGGAAAUUUUUGUUGACGUCACCGCUUUUUCAGAAAACGGCGCAUUUAGCCGCCAAGCAAUGUGAGAGCACGUGCUGGGCACCGCUUGUACUGUAAAGCCCGGCCAAGUGCACGAGGCAAAACUUCCCGAAAGGAUCGCAGCGCGUGCGUCGUAGAAAAGACUACGCCAACAAAAAUUCCGCCGUGGGCCAACCCAUCCGCGAGUUGCACACUCUCGUUUAUCUACUCUUCAUCUUCCCUAUCCACCUAUGCGUACAAGUAACACUCUAUUUGGAUCACCGACAAUUACUCGUCACCACUUUUCACGCUGGUGACAGAUUCAUUUUGUUUUUAGUCAACACACUGUACCUCCCUAAUCCCCCCCCCCCCCUCUCUCUCUCUCUCUCUCUCUCUCUCUCUCUCUCUCUCUCUCUCUCUCUCUCUCCCCCCCCCCCCCCCCUGUCCCCCAUACUUGUAGGUACACGCAAUACUAAUCACACACUAAGCAGUCAUGACAAUGUCCUUGGAUUUUUCUAGGCUUUACGACAGUCCCUAUCUCCUCUAUCAAUACAGUAUUUAUUACACGCAUAGACAAACAGCAGGAUUUGACAACUGCCCUUGCCCAUAGCACGGGUUGUUUGCAUGCCCUGCUCUAAAACGCUCUCCUUAUUCUUUUCGUUUGCAUGCUCGGAGAUUCUUUUCUUUUCUUCUAAGUUUUACUUGGCUGUUAUGUGCCUGCUAGCUGUGCAGUAUGUAUGUGAUCCCCUGCCCCAAGCACACACCCACGUACACACUCCCCUAGCAGCCCUUGUGUAUUAAAAUUAAAUGUAGCCGGCGCGUGUCUCUAGUGCUGGUAGUAAUUCUGGCAAGGUCAAUGAUUGCAUUCUACACUGUAGUGCAAUACGAAACAGUCUACAAUGUGUUUUUGUCUUUUUCUUCUUCUUCUGUGCUCUCUCUCUCUCUCUCUCUCUCUCUCUCUCUCUCUCUCUCUCUCUCUCUCUCUCUCUCUCUCUCUUGUUCUUGUUUCACAUGUAAUUUGCGGUAAUUUUAACACUUCAAAGUAUUAAAGAGACUGCUUGGAUUGAA